UUAGUUAUGCCGCAGAGGUGCGCCGCUGUAGGUUGCACAAAUGCCAGCAAUAAGCUCCCCAAGGUUAGGUUUUUUUGCUUCCCUGCAGCAUCUUUACACGCAGCAAAAAGGAAAAAGUGGAUUCAGGCGAUGCGCCGAAUGAACGUCGACGGGUCUACGUGGACGCCUACAGCCAACUCGCGCGUUUGCAGCGAGCAUUUCAUAUCAGGAGAACCAUCGAGGUUUCCAGACCACCCCGACAACGUCCCAUCUGUGUUCAAGCACAAGCCUGCGAGCCGCCGUGAUGCUGUUGGGCGUUUUGAAAGGUCAAUCAACAGACGAAAUACCAAGCCAGCAAUCGCACAGAACAGCCAGACUUCGAGAAGUAACCCAUCAAUGGUGCCAGCUGUCGCGGAAGAUUCAUCACAAUGCAGCAAUGGCAGCCCAGGGCUGGAACCCGAGGCAGCAUGUCAACUAAUUCAUUAUGACUCCGGAGAACAUGAACAUAUCCAAGCUAGUGAAGUACCUGUGCAUCGUACAACCCCUCUUGAAAGUGGUGCUUCUAAGCAUGAUGAAUGCCACCCCGACCAGAUGUCUAGCCUUAGAAUAGCUGAACUUGAAGCCCUUUUAGCUAAAGCAGAAGAAAGGAACUUGGCUCUACAGAGAGAUUUAAAAGCAGAACAGCAGCAUACUGACGCCUGGAGAAUGAGCUACUAUGAGCUGAAAGAAACAACACUAUCUCUCUCUAACCUGAAAACAGAAAAAGACAUGCUGUAUUACACAGGCUUACCGAGCAGGCAAGUGUUUAACAACCUCCUUUACUUAAUCGUGCACCAAAAUCAACCCCUCAAGAUACAUGAGGAGAUUAAAACGCACAACACAGAAGAACAGUUGUUCAUGGUGUUGGUACGCCUGCGAACAGGCAUGCCUACGAAAGAAAUUUCUCGAAAUUUCUCUAUCCCAAUGUCGACAUUUAGUCGCCUUUUCUCGGCAUGGAUUCUCAUGCUAGAAAAGCUCCUCACCGAUGUCACAGGCUUUCCGUCCCUCUCUCAUAUACAGUUUAACAUAUCGCACCACUUCAGACGGUAUCCAAACACACGGAUAAUAUUAGACACAACAGAAAUACGUAUCCAGAAGCCAUCAGGGGUGCAUGCCCAGCGACAAACUUUUUCAAGCUAUAAGCAUGCAAACACAAUGAAAUGCCUAGUGGGAGCCACGCCGGAUUGCUUUGUAAAUUUUGUGUCUGCUCUGUAUGGUGGAGGAACCAGUGACAGGGAGAUUGUACAACAGUCAGGUGUACUCGAUUUGUUGGAGCCAGGCGAUGGUGUGAUGGUGGAUAAGGGCUUUAAAGUUGAAGACCUUCUUCCACAUGGUGUUUCACUUUAUAUGCCUCCCUUUCGCAUUGCUGGCAAAGCUCAAAUGAGUGCAAAGGACGUUGAAGAAACGAGGCAUAUUGCCAUUGCGAGAGUACAUAUAGAGAGAGUUAUUAGGAGAAUAAAGGAGUUCCACAUAUUAGACAAACCAUUUCCUAUAAACAUGCUGGACCUAGCAGAUGCAGUUUUUACAACAUGUGCGUACUUGUCAAACUUUAGAGGUCCGCUGAUAAAUAACGAGAAAGAGAAGGUAGAGGACGAAUAAGUAAAUGUAGCAUACAAUGGUAGCAGUGUGUGGAAUAAGGCAUUUUGCUACGUGCCAAAGAGGAAGUGCUUCCCUUACUUUAUCGGUUAGAUCAGAAUGUCGGGAAGCAGCAUGAUAUGCAAUCGAAUGAGUGUGUUUGGAUACUCGUUAAUACAUUCACAAAAACAUUUUAUCUGUCUUCAUUGCUUUACAACAUAUCCUUCUUUGCCUUGACAUGUCAUUUCUCAAACAUGAAAAUUCUUCUACAUUUGAAUGGACACAUUUCAUCCUUACAAAUGCGCACAAGGAAAACAUAUGCACCUUACAUUGGAAUUCAAACAUAUAAAUGCCCCUAAGUCAUUUUGAAUUAUGCUGUUAAAUAAAGCAAACAUCUUCCAAUUUUCAAUAUUUAGUGUUCACUGCAGUGGUAGUUGAGCACGAACUUUGUAGCAUGCAAACAAGCAGUCUCAACUGUUUAACACUUUCGUCACCACCAAGAAAAUCAAUAGUUUUCGGGUGGUCUAGGAAAACGUUUUUUUCCUGCCACAUGAAAGGCUUGAUGUUAAAGUGUAUAGUACGAAAUUCUUGAAGGAGAAAUUAUCUUUCCAAGGGAACUGAUUUCAAAGGAACCAUGGAAUGCUUGCGACGCGGCGAGGGAGUCAAGCACAGCGACCUGGCGGCGCACUACGUCACAUUUAUGAAAAACAGUAGAAGAAAAUUAUCAAAAAAAAAAGUUGUAACAAAAAUGAAAGAUUGAUAAAAACAUAAAUGUGCUUUGCAUAAAAGGAACAUAAAAUUCGAAAUAUACAUUUUGAACACACAGGCCCAAAUAUAAGCUCUGUAUGUACGAAACUUCUUUAGAUACGUAAGAGAAAAUUAGCCCUAGUGGACCGCUGUGCCAUUACGAACUGCCACACGGCACUCCGAAGCGCAAUGUUAAGGUUAACGCCCGGCCAGUGCCGCCCAAACGACUUUGACACCCUGAAGAUAAGAACUGUGACUGGAAUACACUGGAAAUACUUAGUUCAAUGCGUGGCAGCAAUGAAAUGGUCUGAGAAAAAAGCGAAAGUCACUGAGGGAUGCCUGUUAUGUUCCUGGGUGCUUUGAUGCACUUUCACUGCUUGUAAAAAAUAUUGUCGGAUACAAGUCAUUUUCCAAGUCUGUGCUGCUACCAUGAUAUGGAAAUUCAAGCUCAGAUGCAUCGGAAUCCGUUGAAAUUCACUGUUUUCGUGGAACAGCGGUGUGUAAUGUUGAUGCCAUCUUCGAAACUACGAGCGAUCGACACCCCUACUACAAAUGAGCUUUAAAAAUCCCUGCGCGGUAGAAAAACACAAGUGAAACUGAUAAAAUAGUUUCUCUUAAACCCUUUACAUGGCGGUAGAUGUCAAGAAGCGCUAGGAGAGCGCCAAAAUUCGAAUUUGCGACCAUAGAUAGCAUGCUAUCAAUGGGAAUACGCGUGGUCACGAAAGUGUUAAAGCACAUAUAUAUAAACAAUGUGAAGUCGCCAAAUGCGACCGGUAGUUAACACAGACACUUGUUGCUUGCUUCUGUUUGGAACAUGCUUUAUUUCAGUUUCCUUAUUAUUAACGUCAUUGGGUUUUCUGAUGGCUCAGCGAUGUAGAAACCCUGCGCAUACUUUUUAUAAGGCACAUACCCAGCCCCUGCGGUAUAGAGGAAACCCAACCGCCUUAUGCGUCGUGUUAGUAGCUCAGGAAUGAUGGCAGCUUUGUAAAAGUAUAUCAGAGCUUGCAGUAUUUCGCACCACACAUCUUCGUCAAAAUAAAUCCUUUCCACAAACGUACUAAGAUGAAGCUCGCUUCUGUUUGUCCAAACAACAAAAUCGCGCCACGUCUUUCCGGUGACCGCUAGCUGUCCCUGGAUUUGGAAGAAGUAAGGGUGGUCUCUCUUUAAUGUAGG